GUUUAGCUCCGCCUCUGCUGUUUGUUAUCGCGGAAACUGAAACCAACAACAUCACCCAAAAGAAAAUGGGUGCAUCGUUGGACACUCCGGCGAGGUGUCCUGUGUGCGACGAGCAGACAAGGAACCCCGUCACCCUUAAAUGUAACCACCAUUUCUGCCAGCGAUGUAUUGGAGACUUAUGGAGCGCUACCCCGGGCGGACCGUACCAAUGUCCGACGUGUAAAACGGUGUACCAGACGCUGCCGUUUGACAGCAGUUUCAUACGGCAGCCCAACAGCAACCGACGUGCUCAGUCUCGCAGCACUGCAGGCACAUCCAGUAAUAAGGAUCAAAGCAUGUUUGAUUCAGUAUUGAGGAGGCCUUCGCUCACCAGCCGACUUCUCGGGAAAAGGAAGGCCAGCACCCCUCUAGCAGAGCAACCUCACACAAAACGAACAACUGCGGAAGCUCCUUGUAUGCAGCACAGUGACACCGAAACCCCCACCACUUCCUUCUCACCCAGGCAGUCGACUAGUGUGGUGACGUCCAAGAAAGCAAUGCACCCAGAAUCUUCACAGUCAGAGCGUGGUGAUGGAGCAUCCUCCAGUAUCAACUCAGACAGCAAGGCAGAACAUGCAAGUGAUGUGCCAAAUGACAUCACAAUCCAGCAGAGCCAAGGCAAUUCAAAGGAAGUUGUCUUGCUAGACGACUCUGACAGCUCUAAUGAAGUAGACAUAUGUGAUGCGCCUCUGUUUGCAACCCCCAAGAAAGACACCCAAGUGACAGGAAUUUCUGCAUCGCCAAAGAAACCUACCUCACCUGCCAAUUCUGAUUCCUCUCCCUCUCCUGGAGUCUCAGCUCCAGGUAAAGAGUCUCCUGCGUGGCAUGUCAGCAAGUCUCCUGCCGCUGCUUCAGGAUCUCCAAGUCGCAUUGGCAUCUACCCCAGGUUGGAGAGCAAAAAUGCCAGCCCCGUGCCCUGCCACUACUGCCCUGAAAGUGGGUAUCAGUGCGCUGUGAAGACCUGUUUGGUGUGUGGAGCUUCCAUGUGUAAAGAGCACCUGCGUCCCCACCUGGAUUCCCCCGUCUUCCAGAAUCACACCCUGGUUCCACCCGUGGAGGACAUUUCUGCAUGGAGGUGCCAGGACCACCAGGAGAUAAACCGUAUCUUUUGCCGGCAGUGUGGAGUGUGUGUGUGCACGGUGUGUACUGUCAUAGGUUCGCACCGCGGCCACGUCUGCGUCGGCGUCAGGGAGGCAGAGAAAGAGCUCAGAGGGAAACUCAAAGAAGAGAUCAAGCUGCUGCAGGGGACUGAAGAGCAAGUGAAGAACAAAGUGACUGAACUCACACAGAAGAAAGAGGCCUUCAGAGUGGUUUUGAGUGAGGCGCGAGCAGGGGUGCAGCAGCAGUACGGAGCCAUCAGAGAGGCCCUGGAGCAGGAGGAGCAAUCAACUCUUCAGUGCGUAACGAAGGAGGAGACAAGGGUUCUGGGGGGGCUAGAGGAGAAACUCGGCCACCUCCAGAACUCCCUGCAGGCCAUCCAGCAGGGCCUCCACAUCCUGGAGGGGCUGGCUGAUUCCAAGGGUGACCAACGUAUUCAGGACCAGGCAUUCAUUAUGGAAUACAGCAGGACCAGCCAACUGGCCAGUAACAUAGGGAACUGUGUGGACCAGUUCGAAGCUCCAGAGGAAGUGGAUCAGGCCCGGCUGAAAUUUCUGCAGAGGUGGACAGAGAAACGGCUGGACGCUGUCGUCAACGCUGUGCCAGGCAAAGACAGAGACCUCUACAGGCUGCUCUAUGGCAGCAUCCCCUUCUUGGAUGCAGAUACAGCCCAUCCCAAGCUGCAGCUGUCUGAGAACAACAGGAGGGUGACCUACAGUGAAGCCCAGCAGGCCUACGCAGAGCACGAGGCUCGCUUCAGCUCUUUCCCACAGGUCCUGGCAUCCCGUGCCUUGGAGGGGGGUAGCUGGUACUGGGAGGUGAACGUGUCUGUGGAUGAGGGCCGCUGGAAGGUGGGGCUCUGCGAGGCUCAAAUUGAGAGGAAAGGCCAAAAGGACAACUCUCGCCUGGGCUUCAACUCGUACUCCUGGUGCCUGGCCUGUGACAGAAGGAAGGUGGAAGCUCUGCAUAACAAGGUGGCGGUUCCUGUGGACGCAGACGGGCUGCAGAGGGUAGGCGUGUUCCUCAACUUCGAAGAGGGUGUUUUAUCAUUCUUUAAUGUGACACCAGGGGGCAGUCUAGCUUUAAUGCACUCCUACAAGCACAGGUUUACUGACCCUCUUUUCCCAGCCUUGUCUGUGUCUAAAACACACCUGGCCAUCUGUGAUCUGUUCCAGGUCUAAACAUGGGAACACUGGCAUAUCAGUUCUGCUGAAAAAUCGCAGACCACCUAAAAGCUCUGUGCCUUUUUAAAUGUUAAAACCACUUUAUCACCAUCAUUAAGAAUGUGUCAAUUUGUAAAAUUCUCGGGGAUUUAAAUUGUGUCGUUCACUGUUUAUAAUGCUAUGCUUCUGCAAAAAUCCUUAAAUGUGAUUUUUAUAUCAUAUAUGAUAGUACUGGAAUUGUGCCACACCAGAAAUGCUGAAUGUUGUACUAUAGUUGUCGCAAUACCAACAUUUUAAACUUGGAUAUAAUACUACUUAAAAAAAUUAUACUGCAUAUCUCUUUUAUACCACAGGAAAAAAUUAUCAGUACUUUUGAUACUAUCAAAUGCUGCGAAUAUUUUAUUGAUUUAACUACAUUGUACUGAAAAAUACUGAGCCUUACAUUGCACAACAUUCCAGACAGUGGUAGCAUAUUUUUAUUAUAAGGACUUUGUAAAUUUGAUUUUAGAUUGUCAGUGAACAGAUUGUCAAGGAAAAAGUUCAUUUUGAUCCUAUUUGCAUUUUGAAUACGUGUAAAAAUGUUCCAGAUUUAUUUCAUCUUUCACAUCUCUUUGAUCCUGUGGAAAAUAAUAAAAUGUCAGAGUUUCAAAAGCAAA